AUGAAAGAAAGAGUGAAAAGUUUUCAUUCUCUUGUUAUUUUGACUGAAACCAAUAAAGCUUGUAAAAUUGUGAUGGACAACUUUUCUUUUUCAUCUGUGAUUGAUGUCGAAUUGAUUAGAAAGAAAACUCCAAAUUUAACGUUUGAAUUUACUCCAGUUUCAUCAUUGGUUCGUUCUUCAACUAUAAUUACAAUAUUACUUUCAGGUUUAAUAGCUAAUUUUGAAAUAGAUUUUAAAGAAAUUAUUACUUUAUCAACAUUAAGUUCAAUUAGGUUUAGGUUAAGAAUUUUAUCCUCAAGAUUAAAUGAAUCAGCAUUUUUUCAUGCUUCAUUUAAAUCUAUAAUAUUAUAUAAAAGAUGUUCAAAAUUUUAUAAA